GACUCCAGGUGCCCCAGGGCGCAGGCGCCGACGUUAUGCUAAGCGCCUUGUUUCGCUCGGUGGCCCGUGGCGCGGUGCGUUGCGUUCGUGGUCCCCUGGCGCCUCAGCUUCGCGCCGCUGCCGCUGCCUCCGCUGCCAUGUCCCGGCCGCUGUCGCCGCCGCGGGCCGCCUCCGGGGCCCCGGCUCGGCCCGCCACGGUGCUUGGCACCGUGGAGAUGGGGCGCCGCAUGGACGCGUCCGCCAGCGCCGCGGCCGUGCGUGUCUUCCUGGAGCGCGGCCACACGGAGCUGGACACGGCCUUCAUGUACGGCGACGGCCAGUCCGAGAUCGUGCUGGGCGGCCUGGGCCUCGGGCUGGGCGGCGGCGACUGCAGAGUGAAAAUCGCUACCAAGGCCAAUCCCUGGGAAGGGAAGUCACUGAAGCCUGACGGUGUCCGGGCCCAGCUGGAGACAUCCCUGAAACGGCUGCAGUGCCCCCGGGUGGACCUCUUCUACCUACAUGCCCCUGACCACAACACCCCCGUGGAGGAGACGCUGCGUGCCUGCCACCAGCUGCACCAGGAGGGCAAGUUCGUGGAGCUUGGCCUCUCCAACUAUGCCGCCUGGGAGGUGGCCGAGAUCUGCACCCUCUGCAGGAGGAACGGCUGGAUCCUGCCCACUGUGUACCAGGGCAUGUACAACGCUACCACCCGGCAGGUGGAAACGGAGCUCUUCCCCUGCCUUAGGCACUUCGGAUUGAGGUUCUACGCCUACAACCCUUUGGCUGGGGGCCUGCUAACGGGCAAGUACAAGUUUGAGGACAAGGACGGGAAACAGCCUGUGGGCCGCUUCUUCGGGAAUAACUGGGCUGAGACCUACAGGAAUCGCUUCUGGAAGGAGCACUACUUCGAGGCCAUUGCCCUGGUGGAGAAGGCCCUGCAGGCUGUGUAUGGCGGCAGCGUCCCCAGCAUGACCUCGGCCGCCCUCCGCUGGAUGUACCACCACUCCCAGCUGCAGGGUGCCCACAGGGACGCGGUCAUCCUGGGCAUGUCCAGCGUGGAGCAGCUGACACAGAACUUGGCGGCGACCGAGGAAGGGCCCCUGGAGCCGGCUGUGGUGCAGGCCUUCGAUCGAGCCUGGCACCUGGUCGCCCACGAAUGUCCCAACUACUUCCGCUAGGGCCAGUCCUGACUCCAGCUGCCAAAGGUUUCUCUCUUUUCCGCCACCUCUUCUGUUCUCUCAUCCUGACCAGGCUGCCUUAAGUUGAUUUAACAUGGUCUUUUUUGAUUGUCUGGCUCAAUGCAAUAUUUUUCUAGAUUCCCUCCUGGCUCCCAGAUGCCUUUGUGGCGUGUAAAGCCUGGGGCUGUGGUCCACUUGGGACAUUCCUGUCGGAAUAAAGCCGGCACUUGACCGGGCUGUUGCCUGGGCCCUCAGUAAACCCCACGAACCUGUCUCCUUUACUGUCUGCGGCCUGUUUUUAUCCGGCCUGUUUUUAUCCUGCCCGGGAGCUUACUGCCAACAGGGCAGAAGCACAAGCUGGAGUCUCCAGAGGGCAGAGGUAGAGCACACACUGCCCUCAGGAGGCUCUCUCCUGCCUUCUGUCCUGAAUCCAGCCUGAGCUCUCAACAGCAGGGCUGAGGUGGCCCUCACUCAGCUGUGCACAGGAGAAGAAAAGCAGGCCACGCACCCUGAAGUAUACUUUCUCUUAUUCAGAAUCACCCCAGGAAAUAGAGGCAUCUAGAAAUAGAAUCCUUGGGGCCAAAAAGCUCCCAAUAGCAUCCCCACUGAGAAGAAGAACAAUGUUCCUGGGCACCUCCUAAGAUGCUGCAUGACAUUUUUAACAGACUCAAUGUCAGCAGUGGCUUUACUCUUGUCCUGGUGAAAGCCUCCUGUCUCCUUGUCAUCUGUAGGACUCUCAGCCUUGCCCUGGGUCUCCUGCUGUUGGAGCUGGAAGGGUGGCCUGGGCAGCCAUGGUCCUCAUUUCCCUUGACAAACCCCCACUCCAAGCAGGGGGCACCCAACGCUGGGGAAGAAAAAUCCCAGGUUUGAGGGUUGCUUCUUGACCAUUCCCAGUGCAGAAAAAUCAGUCUAGCCCUGGCCAGGGGGCUGGGGUAUGGGCCAAGCAGCAGAAGUCAGCACUUGGAGCUUGCUUAUCUUGAAGUGAGGAAGGGGGCUCAGCGUGGAAAUGCCAGACCAAACCACCAAUCAGAAACAUUCUUUGUGGGCGCCUGGGUGGCUCAGAUGGUUGGGCGUCUGCCUUCGGCUCAGGUCAUGAUCCCAGGAUCCUGGGAUUGAGUCCUGCAUCGGGCUCCCUGCUCCUUGGGAGCCUGCUUCUCCCUCUGCUUCUCUCUCUCUCUCCUCCUCUGUCUCUCAUGAAUAAAUAAAUUAAAAAAAUAAAAUCUUUAAAAAAAAAGAAACACUCUUUGUUCUAAGAAAUGUCCCGUUUACCAUCUAGAGGGAGACACCUUGCAGACAAAAUUGUAUUCCCUACAGAAACAGUCACCCUCUCUUGUCUUCAUCCACAAUAAAAUGCAUUCUU